GACGUGGUUUGUUGAUGCUUCAUGAACUGCAAGUCGUGGCGGCGGCCGUGUCGACGUUUGUAGAGAGAGCUCGUCGCGAGCGGGCGCUUGGACGACUGAGGGCGGAGUUGCGCGCAUGUAGAAGGAGGGUGGUCAUGAGGCUUCAAGAGAGCAUUGGUCCGGAGUACGUGGCGACGUCGCAGAGUGUUCUUAAGCUAUGGUACGUGUCAGGGUGCGAAGUGAUGCCGAGAGAGACGCCGCGGUGGUGGAUAAAGCGCAGGACUAGAGGCACAUGGGAAGACCUCCGCCAAUGCGACGACGCGACAGACGACUACUUCCGGGAAAAGCUACGAAUGUCACCACGAGUGUUCCGGGAGAUCACGGGGGCAUGUGCGCCUCAUCUUCAGCGGCGGGUGACGUUUUACAGGGAGCCUCUGCAGCCUGACCAGAUUGUCGCAUACGCAUUGUACAGGUGGGCGUCGGGCGAGACAUACGAGAGCGGCAUGUGCCACUUCGGGAUUGGCAGAGCCUCUGGCCUCGUCGCCGUGCGCGACGUCACUGCCGCGCUGCUCCGGGUGUUCGCAGAUAAGAUUGCCUGGCCGAGUGGACUUCGCAAGCUCGUCGUCCUGCGGGCGUUCGCUGAUAAAGGAUUCCCCAAUUGCCACGGUUGCAUCGACUGUACUCAUAUCUUCGUCGACAAGCCGGCGAACGCCCCAAGCGAGAACUAUUACGACAGGAAGCGCCGUUUCUCCAUCGUCGCGCAGGUUGUCGUCGACCUCGACUUGCGAGUCGUCGACGUGCACUGCGGAUACCCGGGGAGCUUCCACGACAUCAGGGUGCUCCAGCUGUCCAGCCUCUGGCAGCGCGCAGAGUCAGGGGAGUUGUUCCGUGGUCCGCCUGUGACACUCACUUUUGGUGUGCGCACGAGCGGCUACGUCCUAGCGGAUAACGGUUACCCCCCAUCUGAAUGGAUGGUGGUCCCGUAUGGAGGCAUCAAUCAGCACGUCGACGACGAGCGUUUCGACAACAAGCAGAAGGUGGCGAGGGAAGCGGUGGAGCAGGCGUUCGGCAGGCUGAAGGGCAUGUGACGUCUGUUUCUGCGAUCACACAAGACGAACGUGGAGACUCUCCAGCAGCAGUUCACCGCCGUCUGUAUACUGCACAACAUAUCGACGUCGGGAUUCCAUUCGACGAGAACCUGCUGUGGGAGUUCGAUGCUAAUGGUGUGCGAAGACGUGUGGACCUGGGGAUGGAAGAGCCCCUGCAACCCGUGUCGAUGCUAACUACAACCGACAAAGCGUUGGCCCUGCGCACUGCUCUGUCGGAGCGAAUGAAACAGCUCUGAGUCC